AUGGCAAAGGAAAAGAAUGAACUAGUUGACAAAUUUAGCCAGUUCAUCGGCGUGAGCUGCGCGGCGGCUGGGAAGGAGGCUACGACGGUGGCGGCGGUGGCAGACUUCCUGAAAGGCCUGCCAGUCUACAACAAGAGCAACUUCAGCCGAUUCCAUGCAGACUCCGUGUGCAAGGCCUCGAACCAACGGCCCCCAGUGUACCUGCCUACCCGGGAGUACCCGUCAGAACAGAUCAUCGUGACAGAAAAGACAAACAUCCUCCUGCUCUACCUACACCAGCAAUGGGACAGAAAGAAUGCUGCCAAGAAGAGAGACCAAGAACAGGUGGAGGCAGAGGGGGAGAGCUCGGCGCCACCCCGAAAAGUGGCGCGGACCGACAGCCCGGACAUGCCAGAGGACACCUAGGCCCCAUGUGCCUGCUCACCCCGUCUGUCUGCUCUGUCCACUCCUGCCCGCGUGUGUAAGCGCAGCCCGCCCACACCCAGCCCAUACCCCUCCAACCUCAUAGGACCCAAGUAUUUAUUUUCCUUGAGUUUUUAUUUAUGCUGUAACUUGUGUCAAGCAUUGGUUAAAGGGACAUCAGACCCAGCUGUGAGGUGUCAGUAGGCCCUUUUUCACACAGUGGUGUCCCCCACCCAGCCACCUGUCAGUAAGGCCAAGCCCAGGGUCCAGGGCCAAGGUGGCCUGGCCUCCCACAACACCAAGCAGCCUUCUUGAUCCUUCCCAUCCAUAGGCUCUGCCUGGUCUGGAGUCCCCCACCCCCACCCCCUCCCCACUCGGGGUUCCUCCCAUGCCCAGGCCUCACUGAGCCCAUACCAGGGCAUGGGAGACAAGGCCCUUUUGGAUCUUUCUCUUAAGUCAUUUUAUCAUGGACUAGCCCAUGCUCCACGUCCACCCCAAUAAAAGGAUCUUUCCUACUC